UACAUAUACUUGGCUCUUCUCUACUGCUUUGGAUCGAUUGUAUUCUUCUAUUCUGUCUAUAUCCUGUUGACGCUACCAUGGCCGUCCCUGUUGCAGGCUCCGUCCUGUCCACCUUCCUUUCAAUGCUCACUGUGGUUGUAUUAGCAUUAUGCUUGACCGACCGUCUUCGGAAUAUAGAACACUGGUCUAAGAUGCCUCUGAUGCGAUGGUUGGUAUUUGCCAUCUACAUCGACUCCAUUCUCUUCAUCAUCACGACCAGCGUCUUGGAACAUGGCUUCGGUCUCGAUUCGGAGGGCGUCUGUUCCGCGGCGAUUCUAGUCUGUCUGGUGUGUUAUAUGUCGACCAAGGUGCUCAUUUACUACUUCCUCGUGGAAAAAGUGUAUCUCGUUCGCAGCGUUCGGACCCCCCGUCUCAAGUCGAAACUAUACCUUCUCAACUGCUUCGGAAUGCUGGCUCCCUAUUGUGUCCUCGUCAUUCUGAACUUCGUAUAUCGCAUCUCCUACAUCAGACACGGAACAUGCGUUAUCGGCAUGCAGACCAAAGUCAUGCUUCCAUUAAUCAUAUUCGAUGCAGUUGUUAAUUGUAAUCUGACUCUUCUAUUCGUGAUUCCCCUACGAAAACUAUAUUCGUACCAGAACCAGAACGCCGGAUUGAAAUCCGUUGCUCUGCGAUCUUUCCUCGGCAGUCUGUGCACCCUAACCUCGAGUAUCGUGAAUCUUUCUGUUCUGAUGGUUCUCAAGGGGGAGCAUGCCUGGAUCUGUCUUAUGUGCUGUAAUGCAGACAUCCUCUUUUGUGUCCUGAUGAUCCACUGGGUCACUCGAGAUCCUCGCCCCCCCUCUCUAUCAGGCACGGACAAGGGCCGUCGCAACGAAAGCGGGGCAGCCGUCACCACGCAGAUCACAGCGCGAAGUAAUGUCCUCGGCAACAACAUCGACGAUGUGAAUCUCGCGGCCGUCGAGAUGGGGGGGAUCACCGUCCAACAUGUCGUGCAGGUGCAGACCAAACCGCUGGACAGGAGUAGUGAGGGGAGUAGUGAGAGGUCGGUGGUGUACGAGGGGAUGGUGGUGAGUAAUCAGUAAACACUACCAUUCAUCUGAC